CUGCUGUGCAGCCAGGCACAGUGUGUGAUUGUGUGUGUGUGUAUGAAGGAUGAGAACAAGAAGAGGAUGGUGAAGCCUGAAGAGAGCUACAGACUUUAAAUGGUCUUUUUGAUCAUCGGGACCAGGCUCGAAGAAAAAGCUGUCUUUCUGUCUUCCAACACCCAACAUGUCAGAGCUCCGGUUGGGGUGCUGAUCCGGGAGGCUGAGGGUGGCUCCUCUGCUGGACGCUUGGAGGUGUGAAGGGCUGCCACCAGGGAGACUUCUCUGCUCUACACCCCAGAGAGGUGGAGGCAUCAUCAGGUAGGAGGCGGCUCAACGCGGGGGUCUGAGCGGAAAGCAGGAGAGGAGUAGGAGGAAGAGUUGUCGUGUGUGUCGUAGACUGUGUGGGCAGGCCGAUGGCCGGCCGGUGGAGCUGCCUGAUGGUUUAAACUCCUGCUGAGAGGAGAUAAUGGCAGCUCUGGGCCCACUCUCCUCCUCUCUCACCUGUAUCUGCCACAGAGGAGCUGGAAAGUGCUAGCCGAUGCUACAGCGAGUCCACCAAGAGGAUGGUGUGAACAGCGUCACCCUUUCCCACCACCACGGGAGACCCCUGACACCCCUGUGAGGGGCCACAUUUUGUCGAUCAACUCUUUUCGCCUUCAUCUUCUCCAAACCAGCAGACAGCAAGAGGUGGCGUUGCUCGAUUUGUGUGGGAGUCCUCUCCCUCUCCCUCCCACUCUCUCCUCCUCCUCCUCCUCACCCCUGACCUCACCAACCUCCACACUUGGCUUCAUGGAUUGGUUCUAGCACCAACCUGUCCUUCUUUUUCCUCCCUUUGUUUUCUUUUUCUUUUCUUUUUCUUUUUGUCGAGGCUUCAGGGGAAUUGCCAAGACCUGUUUCAUGCAUGUCCACUGGCGGCAGGUUCAACUUUGACGAUGGGGGGUCAUACUGCGGAGGGUGGGAGGAGGGCAAGGCGCACGGCCACGGGAUCUGCACGGGACCCAAGGGCCAGGGCGAGUACUGCGGUUCCUGGGCCCACGGCUUUGAGCUGCUGGGCGUCUACACUUGGCCCAGCGGGAACACCUACCAGGGCACCUGGGCUCAGGGCAAGAGACACGGCGUGGGCCUGGAGAACAAAGGCCGCUGGGUGUACAAGGGUGAGUGGACGCACGGCUUUAAGGGACGCUACGGCGUGCGGGAGAGCACGGGGACGAGCGGGAAGUACGAGGGGACUUGGAACAACGGGCUGCAGGACGGAUACGGAACAGAGACGUACUCAGAUGGAGGAACAUUUCAAGGUCAGUGGGUUGGCGGGAUGCGGCACGGCUAUGGAGUUCGUCAGAGUGUCCCAUACGGCAUGGCGGCCGUCAUCCGCUCCCCACUUCGUACCUCCAUAAACUCUCUCCGCUCCGGUUCGGAGCACAGCAAUGGCACAGCUCUGCUGGACCGGACCGGGGCGGUGGUUCCUGGUCCUCCUCCUGUUCCUGGCACUUUGACCACCAGUGUCUCCAUGUGCAGCACGGGCAGCAGCGGCAGCAGCCCCGCUGUGUCUCGUGGAGGUUUUGUGCUGACGGCACACAGCGAGGCUGAGCUGCUGAAAGGGAAGAGAAAAGGAGGGCUCUUCCGGAGGUCCAUCCUGUCCGGCCUCAAGCUGAGGAAGUCUGAGUCCAGGAGCUCCCUGGCCUCCCAGAGAUCGAAGCAGAGCUCGUUCAGAAGCGAAGCUGGGAUGAGCACUGUGUCCUCUGCUGCAUCUGAUAUCAACUCUACUAUCAGUCUCGGAGAUGCAGAUGCAGAUUUGGCAGUUGCAGACGACGACGUGGAUGCCACGGCAACAGAGACCUACUGUGGCGAGUGGAAGAACGACAAGAGGACAGGUUUCGGUGUUAGUCGACGGUCCGACGGGCUGCAGUACGAGGGGGAGUGGCUUAGCAACAAACGCCAUGGCUACGGCUGCACCACAUUUCCUGAUGGCACAAAAGAGGAAGGGAAGUACAAACAGAACAUCCUGGUGAGCGGCAAAAGGAAGAACCUCAUACCGCUCCGAGCCAGUAAGAUCAGAGAGAAGGUGGACCGAGCCGUGGAGGGAGCGCAGAAAGCAGCCGACAUCGCCCGGCAGAAGGCUGAGAUCGCUCUGUCCAGGACGGCUCAUGCGCAGGGUAAAGCAGAGGCAGCGGUCGGAGCAGCUCAGAAAGCCCAGGAGGAGAGUCGCAUGGCGAGGGUCACCGCCAAGCAGUUCUCCCCGUCCUUCCAGCACCCAGGAAAUGGCAUGGAGGUGCAGCGUCCCAAACGUCAGGUGUCCAGCGAGGUGGAGGGUGAAGGGUUGUCGAGUAGCGCCGGCACCGCCGACAGCCCCGACCUCUACGUCAAGAGUGGUGCUUCCGAUGACCCCUCUAACGACGCCGCCACCCCUGACCUCAGUCCCCCUUCUUCCUCGCCACCCCACACCCCGCCUCCCCCCGCCAGGCCGACCCAGCGCAGCAAGAGCGCCCGCUUCCACCGGCAGAGCGCAGUGGACCACGGGGACAAGGGGAAGGAUGGAGGAGAGAGGGGUGAGAAAGGCGGGGGAGGAGGGCAGACGGAGAUCCAGGUGUUGAUGGAGGGAGGAAGUGGGGGAGGUGAUGGAGGAGGAGGAGGAGGAGGGAAGGGGGAGUACCCACGGGCCAACAGCUGGAGCGAGGACAAGAGGAGAGGGAUGUUGUCAAAAGGAGGUGGCCUCAGCGGACGGGGAGCGAGCCGGACCAAUGGACACAAACACAGCUCCUCCAAUCACAAGUCCCGGGAGCAUGGGUCGUCCAAUCACAGACAGGCCAGAGGGGACAGGUGGACGGAGUCCUCCUCGUCUGCCUCUUGGACGUCGGGGCACAGGGGCGUGCACAGCAGGGGAGGCCGUCUGCUGGAGCAGGACGAGGAGAAAAUUAGCAAUUAUGAGAUGGAGAUGAAGCCUUUACAGCCCAGAGACUCCACUACCCACAAGCCCCAUGGGCACGGGGAGGAGAGGCACGGGCACACUCACGCUCACGGAGAGGGGCGCUCGCACACCGUGCAGCGACAGAGGCAUAAGAACCGUGAGGGGAGGGAAGGGAAAGAGGGGAGGGAAGGGGGUAAAGACUCAGCGCACAAGCUGGACAGAGCGGGGGAAAAGAUUGAUUCACGGCCUCUACGUCGAGACCUCACCCUGUCCCCCCCUCUGAAGUCGUCCCCCAUCACACCGGAGCAGCAGGACCAAAGCCUCAUGCAGAGCAAAGGCAACUCGGCCUACAGCUCUAUCCUGGUUGUCAUGGUGAUUCUGCUCAACAUUGGAGUGGCUAUUUUGUUUAUCCACUUUUUUAUUUAAAGACAGCACCGCUUUCAGAGUCAGCCUAUCUAUGCUACAACAACUAUAAAUUCAUAUGAGUAUUACGACCAAUCCGCCGCCCCUUCGUGUUCAUGGCGAGAGAGGACCGCAACAGGCCGAGGGAAGACGAGGACCAAGGAGGGCUCCACCGAUAUUUGGGCUAAAGGUGGCUAACCCGAGCUGACCUCGGCUGACCUAGGUCCGUUCGCCUUGAAAGAGAUGCUGAAGUGCAUAGCCCAAAGAGGAAAGAGGGGUGAACCAGUCCAGGAAACUGGGCUACAAGGAGAUAAUAUAGUCCAGAAACUGGACUUCUGUGAGCUUUAAUAGUUCACAUGUAGACUCAAAUGGGCUGAACUGGUCUGAUCGCCAGGCCAUGAGAGCUGCAGCUGGCAUUACAGCAAGAUGUCUGCUUCCACUGUCUGCAGACAGGACUGACGAGACAGACUUUUUCAUCUUCAAAUCAUAGUUUUCAACAGAUUUGUAACUUAUAAUUUAUUUAUUAACAUUUUCUCUCAUGUACAAUAUGUUGAUGGAUAUAUUCUUUAUUUUGUAACCCUCCACCCCUCUUUAUAUAACUCCUUUUGGUUCCUCCACCUGCCCAGGGGUUGUUACUGAUGGCUCAGGGUGUGUGUUCAUGUGUGUGUAUGUCAGGAGCUGCGGGUGUGUGCCACCUGGACACACGGUUAAAGGAGCUUUUUGUAAUUUCCAGCCACCCAGUCCAACUGACACGGGUCGUUAUUUCACCCUUUAAAUGUCGGUCUAUGACUGUGUCCUUACAACCAUAAUUUACAGCUAUCAGUUAGAAAUGAAGGAAACUCAUAAGUUGCAGCAGAGCAAGAAUACAGUCGGUCAAAAUCAGACUGCCGUCUUAUGAUCGUCAUGUGUGGCGUCUGUGUGUAGUUUACUUCAUAACUUACUAAACUCAGUUUUAGCAACAUCAGAGUAACAAGAAAACAGUCACAUACUUACACACAGACUUACAAGUUUUUUUCAGCACGAUAAUCUUCACAGAUGAACACCACUUUUGUGUGUUUUGAAGCGUAAAUGAAAUCGGCAGAAGUAAACAGCUAUUGUUAGGCUAUACACGAACUACAUCGUGGUCUUAGGACUUAAAGGUCACCACUACAAAUACUGUAAAAAUACGUUAAAACACUACUGUUAAAUAUCAUAAACAGAUAAAUCUACAAGUUCGGGUGUGAGUCUGUAAAGCUGUAAAGGCGGACAAGUGGGUUUAAUGAGUUUCUGUGUCCGGUGUGAUGACGUCUGACAUCUCCGACAAACACUGCAGUCCCAUUUAGACACUUGUUAGCAACAGCUUUUUUUAGUACGAGCAAAACCUUAAAAGUUAAAAAAUCGUGUUUAAGUGGAUGUAUUUUAUCUAAAUAUCUUUAGCCUGUGUUAACCACAGACCUUAUUUAAGGCAUUUUGCCGAAAACCCAUUCAAAGAACCCAUAGACUUUCAGAAAUGGAAGUAAAAAAGGCUAACAGACUUCCACGUUUUAGGACUCAUUACUUCUCCACUCUAUACAACACCAGCUGACUCAACUUCUUCAUCUUCUCCUGCAGCUCAUUAGAGGCUACAGUGACUCACCAUCGCCUCUCAGACCAGGAUGUCUUAUUACAGGAGGGACGCCCGUCCCUGGCUACUUUCUUUGCUAUACUUAUACAGUUCUUAAACAAUACAUAGGCAUCUUGGAAAUAACAUCAAAUGUCUUACUUCUUCGCACUCUGUUGAUGGGGUUCGUUGGUUUUUUUAAAUGUUUUAAACUAAAAUUAUGCCCAGAUCUUACAUAUAGCUCCUUUAACAGCUCCCUGUCCACACACACGUACACACACUUAUUGCUUUUACCCCCAUCCCUUUCAUUCAUCCGUCUCCUCUCAUUUCAUCUCAUGCUGGGAGUUGGAUUUUUUGUGCUUAUGUGCAUCUCUGCAUACUGAAUGUUUGCUUUGUACGCGUGUUUAAAUGUUUUUUGUGCAGAAUGUGUGUGCGUUUGCGACUAUCAAGCAGAUAUGUCUUCGUGUGUAUGUGUGUGUAUGUGUGGUCUCCAAGUAGCUCAGUGGCCUUUCACGCUGUUCAUGAACUUUACAGGAGCAUCUCAUGUGGACGCAGUCACCGCUCAUCCACAUCUAGCCUACUAGCAUCAGCUGACAGCUGUGCUCUCUCCGUAUCUCCCUCCUACUCUCUCCCACCUCCACACACACCAGUCUGAGUUGGUGGUAGUUCAAGACAGACCGUCCUUGGCAAAGCCCUGCACCUACUGUACCACUGGCAGAGGUAUUCAGAGAAAAAACUGCACUCAUCGAAGAAGAGCUUGAAUGCGUAACACCAGAAAUAUUGAGGACAAUAUCAUAUUGAUAAAUCAGUCUCCCACUGCCUCUAUCAAACCUGAAGACAACAUCUUUUAUACUAUACUUGCAAGAUGUCUGAAAAAAGUACUAGUUGCCACCUGCCUUGCUUUUGUAGCGCAAAUUGAUAAAAGUACAACAAUGCAUGCAUUUGUACUGUAAUAUCUUAGUUGUGCACUGAAUCUGAAAGCAAAGAAAAAGCUUCAGACGUACAUGCGACAUGUUUUGAUAGGAGCAGUGUCUGGAGAAAAUUUGGUACUGAUGGUGAAGCUGUAAACUUCUGUCGUAGACCUUUUCUGGGUUAACUGAAGCCUCUGCGUGGGGCUAAGUGAUACUCGGAGCAGCCUGACGGGAUCAAACUGUUUGGAAGGAUUUUAGUGAUAACAUGUAAAUCUGUUGUAGAGUAGUAGCAAGCAGUGGUCGGGAUCCAGGUCAGGAUUUACCGCCUCCAUUCCUCAGCCUCACCUCCAAUCAUCCUACGACAAACAGACACGAACACCAGUCACAAUUUGAUUAUUUUUGAUAGUCACUGGGUUUUUCUUCGUGUGUGUGUGU